CCGGGCCGCGGCGCAGGCAGCGGGAGUGGGCUCACCUGCCGCAGGUGCCCCGGGGCGGACCCGACCUGGACGAGCGAGGAGCGGCACUGCGGGAAGAUGCUGCGCGAGCGGACCGUGCGGCUGCAGUACGGGAGCCGCGUCGAGGCGGUGUACGUGCUGGGCACUUACCUCUGGACCGAUGUCUACAGCGCAGCCCCAGCCGAGGCCCAGACCUUCAGCCUGAAGCACUCAGAGCGUGUGAGGGUGGAGGUGGUGCAUGAUGGGCAGGCCGAGGAGGUGGCCACCAACGGCAAACAGCGCUGGCUUCUGUCACCCAGCACCACGCUGCGGGUCACCAUGAGCCAGGCGAGCGCCGAGGCCAGCAGUGACAAGGUCACCGUCAACUACUACGAGGAGGAGGGGAAUAUGCCCAUUGACCAGGCUGGGCUCUUCCUCACGGCCAUUGAGAUCUCCCUGGAUGUGGAUGCAGACCGGGACGGCAUGGUGGAGAAGAACAACCCAAGAAAGGCAUCCUGGACCUGGGGCCCUGAGGGUCAGGGGGCCAUCCUGCUGGUGAACUGUGACCGAGACACGCCCUGGCUGCCCAAGGAGGACUUGAAUGAUCUGAAGGUCUACAGCAAGGAAGACCUCAAGGACAUGUCCCAGAUGAUCCUGCGGACCAAAGGCCCUGACCGCCUCCCUGCCGGCUACGAGAUAGUUCUCUACAUUUCCAUGGCCGACUCGGACAAAGUGGGCGUGUUCUACGUGGAGAACCCGUUUUUCGGCCAGCGUUACAUCCACAUCCUGGGCCGGCGGAAGCUCUACCACGUGGUCAAGUACACAGGCGGCUCCGCGGAGCUGUUGUUCUUUGUCGAAGGCCUGCGUUUUCCCGACGAGGGCUUCCCAGGCCUGGUCUCCAUCCACGUCAGCCUGCUGGAGUACAUGGCCGAGGACAUUCCCCUGACGCCCAUCUUCACGGACACCGUGAUAUUCCGGAUUGCUCCGUGGAUCAUGACCCCCAACAUCUUGCCUCCCAUAUCAGUGUUCGUGUGCUGCAUGAAGGACAAUUACUUGUUCCUGAAAGAGGUGAAGAACCUGGUUGAGAAAACCAACUGUGAACUGAAGGUCUGCUUCCAGUAUGUAAACCGAGGUGACCGCUGGAUCCAGGAUGAAGUUGAGUUUGGCUACAUAGAGGCCCCCCACAAAGGCUUCCCCGUGGUCCUGGACUCCCCCCGAGAUGGAAACCUGAAGGACUUCCCAGUGAAGCAGCUUCUGGGCCCAGAUUUUGGCUACGUGACCCGGGAGCCCCUCUUUGAGCCUGUCACCAGCCUUGAUUCCUUUGGGAACCUGGAGGUCAGUCCACCAGUGACUGUGAAUGGCAAGACAUACCCCCUGGGCCGGAUCCUCAUCGGGAGCAGCUUUCCUCUGUCCGGCGGUCGGAGGAUGACUAAGGUGGUGCGGGACUUCCUGCAGGCCCAGCAGGUGCAGGCGCCUGUGGAGCUCUACUCAGAUUGGCUGACCGUGGGCCACGUGGACGAGUUCAUGACCUUCGUCCCCAUCCCGGGCACAAAGGAAUUCCGGAUGCUCAUGGCCAGUACCUCAGCCUGCUACAAGCUCUUUCGAGAGAAGCAGAGGGAGGGCCACGGGGAGGCCAUCAUGUUCAAAGGCUUGGGCGGGAUGAGUAGCAAGCGAAUCACCAUCAACAAGAUUCUAUCCAAUGAGAGCCUCGUGCAAGAGAACCAGUACUUCCAGCGUUGCCUGGACUGGAACCGUGACAUCCUCAAGAAGGAGCUGGGGCUGACAGAGCAGGACAUCAUCGAUCUGCCUGCUCUGUUCAAGAUGGAUGAGAACCGCCAGGCCAGAGCCUACUUCCCAAACAUGGUGAACAUGAUUGUGCUCGACAAGGACCUGGGCAUCCCUAAGCCGUUCGGGCCCCAGGUGGAGGAGGUGUGCUGUCUGGAGACGCACGUGCGCUCCCUGCUGGAGCCCCUGGGCCUCUGUUGCACCUUCGUGGAUGACAUCUCCGCCUACCACAAGUUUCUGGGGGAGGUGCACUGCGGCACUAACGUCCGCAGGAAGCCCUUCUCCUUCAAGUGGUGGCACAUGGUGCCCUGAGCUGUGGGGGGCUGUGCUGUGCGGGUCUCAGCCUGUCACUAACCAGGAUUGUGGCAGGACCGGCCCUCGUGGUUCUUACAAUUGCGAGACACCCUUCAGCAAUAAUGGUCAGGAAACUUGGGGCGGGGGGGGGGGAAGGAUGAUUAUUUCCAGGACCUGGAAAUUGCACAGCACACCUGGGGCCACAUAGCAAAGUUGCAGGGAGAGAGAGAUGGGACAGGCCUGGGGUUCUGCUUUUUUGGGGGGUCAAGGGUGGGGGCCAGGGCUUUUGCGGGCUCCUUCUUUAUUGGUGAAUUUAAAACAUAAAAGCAGGAAUGUAAAACUCAGGAUGAGGAAAAUCAAGGGGCCCAAAUGGUCAGCUUUAGAAACCAGCCAAGAUUUCUAAAACAAAGGAGCCUGGGGGAGGAGGAAGCCUGGACUUUAAUCUAGUCCUGUGGCUGGCAACGUGCUUAUUGGAGAUAGCUUGCUUUGAAAUGGAUACCUCAGCAAUCAAAGCCCAAAUCAGGCACUUGCAUUACCAAAAAGAGAAAACACAACGGUCGGGCUUCAGGGGCCUUGGCAUGUCUCUCCUCCCUUCCUUCUCCAGACCCCUGGCACCAACUCCCCCACAAGAGCUUUCCCCCUGCCUGGCAAGGACUUGACAAGGCCUGGACUGCCCCGCCGCCCCCACCCCCGGAGGCCUCCAGGAAGGGGGUAGGGAUUUGGGAUAUCUGUACUUUGCCAUCUCUCAGAAGGACCCCAGCGUCCACCAAAGUCACCUCUGAUGAGUCUCAACUUGGUCCUUCCUGAAAAUAGCUGUGCAUUUGGCUAGUGUCUGUCUAGCCCUGACACGAAAAACAAAGAAACAAAAACUCUGUACCCAAACCAUUCCCCAAAGAGUCCUUAGUCUCUUGUCCAAAAUUGAAGGAAGGGAGAAGGGAAGAAGGUUCUGGAGGCUCUGGGAUCGCCAGCUCUGGCAGCCAUGCCCUGAAGGUCAAGGUAGAUACCAUGGAAAGGGACCCUGGGGCCCCAGACGUACCUUGAACUGCUGUCAUCAUUUCAAAUUCAGCUCCCUUGGGGUGUGCAGGUGGCUGCCUCCAAUUAUUCAUUCCUUCCCGGCCUCUCUCAGAUCCCCUUGGCUUUCUCUCUGCAGUGUAGACAUCACUGACUAGCUUCCCCAUUCCCUGAGGGUCCAAUAAUUUAGCUUAGAACCUUCCCCAGAAGUGGAUUUAAUCGGACCUCUCCAUUUCCAAGAUGCUCCUUAUACCUCAUCUUUCUGAUGGACACAGGCUCUCCCAAAUGCUUGGGGGGGGGGUCCCCCCAGACCAGCGUCCUUGUACUUGAGAGCGCCGUGGGUGUAGAUGCCCGGGCUCAGCCAUACCCUUCUCCUGCCUGGUUCUCCAUUCCCUGGGCAGUCUCUGGCCCCCCUCCUCGCAUGCCUCCACUUCCUAUUCCUGAUGCCAUCCCUCUAAGCAGCUAGAUAGGGACUUUUUCACCAUCAGCCAGGCUCAGACCUGCCCCCAGGAUAUGAUUAAAGACCCACCUCUUCUCCCCAGACCUUAGACCCAACAUCUAAGGACCUGGCCUGGCCUCCAGCCCAACAGCCAGUUCUGGACCAGCUGCUGACCUUAGACACAGACUGUCUCUCCCAUGGAAGUUCACCAGCACAUUUGCUGAACACCCGCUCAUUUACAUAACCAGAUUAAUUCCCUGGCUCCAACCCAAAAGACUCGGUUUCAACUAAAAAAAAUUUCCUGGAGGGCCAGCUGAUGUCAGGAGAAUAAGUGAUAUUAGAAUUCCAUUUUGCAGGCUAAAAAGAACCAGUUUAUAGCCAAUGAGAGGGUUAUAAAUUUGUAUUCUUGGGAGAACAGGAUUUUCUUCUUGGGUUAUUUCAUUUACGCGUUCAGCAAACAUUUGUUGUGUGCCUACUAAGUGCCAGGCACAGUGCUGGGUUCUGAGGUAUAUGGUGGUUAGUAGCACACUGGGCCUGGUCCCUGCCUCCUGGAGCCAGUCAGUUCUCAACAUGUACUGUCCACAUCCAAAUGGCCAGCAUUUGCCCUUUUAGUGAUGUGCUCUUUAGAAGCGGCAAACCACUAUAUUCAGGAAAUGCCCAGGGCACAGGUCUUCCUGCAAAUCACUAUUUUGGAUGAAGGUGGAGGGUUCUUUUUCAACCAGGCCUCCUUUCCCACCCAGCUGGGCCAGUAACAUCCGACAGAUCAGACCCCAGAGUCUUCAGAAACUGUUGUGCCCCUGACUUUGGGGGCCAAAGCCCCAGAUCUCUGCAACCCCAGAGCUGAAAACACCAAGUGCCUAUUUGAAAGUGUUUGUUCAUCUGGAGACUUAGAGUUUGUCGUGUGUGUGUGUGUGUGUGUGUGUGUGUGUGUGUGUGUGGGUGUGUAUUAAGUUAAUGUGGGGUUUGGGGUUUUCUUUCUUUUUUUUUUUUUAGUCCACCUUAAGAGGAAGUGAGCACCUCCCAUGUGGAGACAGUGUGUGUUUAUAGAUUUUUCUAAAACUCUCCCCAUCGGUAAGUUGGUAAUUUCUGACGGUUCUGGAGCGUCCAGGACUCAGACUCAUAUUUCCAUCUUGCUUGCCCACCCUGCCCCGUGUGACUACCCUCAGCGUGCACACCUCCCCCGGUCCCCGUGGACUCAUCGCUCUUCCCCACCCCCCACUUUCUAUAAAUGUAGGCCUAGGAUACAGUUCUGUGUUGCAAAACUCAACUAAGUUCCUGUUUCGAUCUUUAUUUUGAAAUAUUUUGUGUAAGAGAGAAGGGGGGGAUGCCAUGAAGAUGGAAAGAAGCAGGGCACAGUUUCAACUUUCUGGACGAGAGACCAUGAUGGAGAUGGAAAGAUGUUUGGGGAAGAGCCUAAUUAAAUAGCAAUAAAAUAAACCAUCAGAGGGGAAGUCA